AAAUUUAUAUUUUAAAAAUACGGCAACGUCAAAAUCUAUAAAUUCGAUUUAAUUGUUGCCAGCCAAACCAUAAUAAUUCCAUAAAAUUUUAUCACGCAACAAAAGUAUUGUUUUUUUUUCGAUUUGUUAUUCUUCUUCCGAAUCGAAUCGAUAAUUUGGAGGUUUGUGAAAACAAUUAAUAUAAAUUUCUAUACCGUACUUUGAUGGUAAUGCUUCGUUCUUCGAUGGCAGAGAUGGAUGUGUGGCGAAAUAUCGUAAAAGAUAUCCUUUCGGAGAUCAAGAGUCGCGUGCCGGAUUACGACGACUCCUUUCUUUUGGGCCCUCGCGAUACGAACGAAACCAAUCCAUCGGGCUAUCUUCGGGAUUUGUUGGGAAUGGCGAAAAUGUUAGUAACGAAAAUCCCGAAGGACGGGACGGACGAGAAAUCGGAUAAAAUCGGUAAGCUUCGAAAACAAUUAGAAUCGUAUCAACUACGUUGCAACAGUUUAAAUGGACUCAUCCGAAAGCUGCAAGAGCAAUGCACGAAUCAAAGCGAAGUGGUGAAGUCUUGCAUUGAUUCUAUCAUUCGACUGAGACAUACAGGAGACAAAUUUCUGGAAGAGAUGAUAUUCAAAUACGAAGAAGCGAAGAGAAAGAAAGAAAAGGCGGAGAAAGAGUUGAUGAAACUGGAAAAUGCUUACACUUCGACACUUCAGAUACUUUCAGAAAUAUCAGACAUGGCCAAAAAGUUGCGCACUCGCUUUGUCGAAAAUCGCAGCUUAACAAUAGAAGAAUUGGAUGAAUUCGAUAAAAAAGACGAAGAAAAAAACGACGACCUUCCGUGUUCGAUAUCCGAAUACACCACCAUAAUCGAUCGUAUGACGUACACUAAAUUAGAGCCGCUUCGAAUCGGCAUCGAUUGCGGGGAGUAGAAAAACAGAACCUUUUGCCUUCUACUGGACUUUUAAUAUUUCCAUUGGCAAAUUUAGAAACUGUAGAAUAAUUUUGGGAAAACAACGAAUUUAUUCAAAAUUGAUUUUCAUAUAAAAUUCAUAAAUAAAAAUUGAAUAUCGAAUAUCCAUUUCUUUAAAAUCGCAUAAAUUCUCGCAUGCUAAAGUAGCUAAAUGACCGCGCGACAAGACGUUCUCGUAUUCUCCAGGAAGAUCUGGUUUCGAAUUUGGCCUCCACACGUUAAAAAUAUCAAACAUUUGGAAUUUUACAAAAUUCGUACAAAUGGGUCGAACCAUCGCCCAUGCCAAACACUCCAUAUCGAGUAGCGCUCGUAACCCAUAACGGGUAACCGAGCAUUAAUUAAAUAUCUACGGUUGUAGUGAAUUGUGUUUAUUUAUUGACGUAAAGGGCUAUUUUUUUGCCAGCAAAAGCGGGACGCUUUUCGCACGUGCCAAUUUCGGAUAGAGUACAAUCUCGGUAAUCCGACAUACACGCACCGGUGCCGGAUUAAGGUAAGCUUUUCUAUUCCAGUACGUUUCCGCAAGAUUUGAUGUUUGUUACUCGGCAAUAUCGAAACGCUGUCGCUUAUUCUUGUGUAUUCUAAUAACCCAAAUGUCGAUCGUGUGAAGUAAAUGCGGAAGCAAGCUUCAAUUUGAAUUAAUUCUCUUAAUUCAAAUUGGGAGUCUAACAAUCUUUACUGUCGUCCCUAAACUGGAGCUCGAUAUGGCCUUAGUGGAGUGUUAAAUUAAUAGUAACUGCAAUUUGAACUAGUGGAAAAACUUGCUACGAAAUUGACCAUUUCCAGUAAUAUCGGAGAGUCGAAUAGUGCUGGAUUACUGGACAUAUCGAAUUAGAGAACGGUCGGAUUACCAAGAGUAUAUUGUAUUUCUAUGAUUCUAUGGAAUACCAACCUUCAUUUGGGCAAUAUUGUUCUACGAAAAUAAAGCUAAAA